UAUAAAAUUAAAAUAAUAAUAAUAAUAAUAAUAAUAAUAAGUUGUUUAUUACUUUGGAAUUUUCUGUGCAUUGGGUCUGAAUUACAAUAUUUACAUCACUCUUUAUAUUUCAAUGUCCAGUGUUAUCUCAGGUCUUAUAAAACAUGCUACUUAUUUGGCAUGUGGGGGAAACAAGAUUAGAGGAAAGAGGGAAUCCUCUGUAUACCAGCUUAAAAACAUUUCAUUAAAAUUUUGAAAACAUGAGAAAUACAUUUUUUCUAACAUCUAUUGUCCUUCAGUGUAUAAGGUGAAACUAUACAUGCCCAAGUCACCUUCCUUGUGGUAUAAACCACCAUGUUUAACCCCAUGUUAUCAUCUUGAUGAUAAGGACACAAACAUGGAGAAUGUCGACCACUGAUCUAUUGUGCCUGGGUAACAGUGUACUGAGAGUUCUGUAAAGUGCAGCGUGCUAAUUAUUUCCUACUAUUUCUGCUGCUGCUGUAUCUUUAAAUGGAACUCUGAGACUACUAGCUGUAGAAACAUGUUGAAAGGGAGAUCCGAAAAGCCACAGUUCUAGGCACUGUGAAAUUGUCAAACCUCGUAAGGCAAUCUGAUCCGAUACAGCUCAUAAAAGAAAAUUUUCAGUGGACAAGAAACAAAAUUAUUGGCUGAAAAAAGGACUUUUUUAAAUGUGCAAAUCAGCAAUCUUAGAAUACUUCUCCUGACUGAAAGACACUUGGGCAUGAUCCGGUUAGAUGGGUUAGCUGCACUUGGCAUUAAUGAGCCUGUACCGACUGUACAUUAAUUUCAUUAUAAGCUGUUUAAGGAGCAAUGCAAGACUGAAGACAAAAGUAUUUCCAUCCCCCUAAUGAAAACAAAGAGCUGUUAGAAUUAACAUAAAGCGGCACUUCAGCAAAUUUAGCCAUCAUGGUUGAUCAAUGUUGCUUGAUUACAGAGUCACAUCAGGCUCACUGUCAAGUGCUGGUCCUUUGUGAGCACAGAUGCACCAAAAAGGAAAAGAUUUGUUCAGCUUAAAAAACAAAAAAGAAUUAAUAGCAAAAUCUUUUAAGUGGCGUGCAGAGUUCUAUAGCUAAUGGUAUGUUCCAGAUCUUUGCUUUUAUCACGUGCUUCCUGCCAUAUUUCUAGAAACAAAGGAACGGCUCCAGGAGGCAUUCUGCCCUCCCCGCUGCAGCUUGCUACCUGUUCCAGGGUACCUCUGUGCACCGUGGCUGUUCCUCAGAGACUUCUAUAGGACUCAGAGAGGAAUCCACCCCCUAAACUAAGGCAGCCUGAGCUAUGGUCAGCAGAGUUCAAUGACUUCAUUAGCAAAUGCUUGACCAAAGAUUAUGAAAAGCGUCCAACAGUGUCGGAUCUUCUGAAGCAUAAAUUCAUUACUCAGAUCGAGGGCAAAGACGUGAUGCUACAAAAACAGCUAAUGGAAUUCAUUGAUAUUCAUCAGUGCUUGGGCAGCACAGAGAAGGCCAGACAUGAACGUAUUCAUACCAAGAAAGGAAACUUAAAUAGAUCUCUCAUUUCCAGUCUGAAGGAUGUAGAUGACUUAGCAACCCUAGAUGUUUUGGAUGAGAACACAGUAUCUGAACACCUUGAGAAGUGUUAUUCCAGAGAUCAGAUCUACAUCUAUGUGGGAGACAUACUCAUUGCACUUAACCCUUUUCAGAGUCUGGGUCUUUAUUCCACAAAGCUUUCUAAGUUGUAUAUUGGAGCAAAGAGAACUGCCAACCCACCUCACAUUUUUGCGAUGGCUGAUUUGGGAUACCAGUCUAUGGUCACAUAUAACUCAGACCAGUGCAUCGUUAUUUCUGGAGAAAGUGGUGCUGGGAAGACAGAGAGUGCUCAUCUUCUGGUUCAACACCUCACUGUGCUUGGAAAGGCUAAUAACAGAACCCUACAAGAGAAGAUUUUACAAAUGAACAAUUUGGUUGAAGCCUUUGGCAACGCCUGCACUAUUAUAAAUGACAAUUCCAGCAGAUUUGGAAAAUACUUAGAAAUGAAAUUUACCUCUUCUGGAGCUGUUGUAGGGGCACAGAUUUCUGAAUACCUUCUGGAGAAAUCUCGUGUCAUUCACCAAGCCAUUGGAGAAAAAAAUUUUCAUAUUUUUUACUACAUUUAUGCUGGGUUAGCGGAAAAGAAGAAACUAGCCCUUUACAAAUUGCCUGAAAACAAGCCGCCCAGAUACUUGCAAAAUGACCACCUCAGAACAGUGCAGGACAUGAUGAAUAAUAGUUUCUAUAAAUCCCAGUAUGAACUAAUUGAACAAUGUUUCAAAGUCAUCGGUUUUACAAUGGAGCAACUUGGAAGUGUGUAUAGUGUGCUGGCCGCAAUCUUGAAUGUUGGAAACAUUGAAUUCUCCUCUGUGGCAACUGAGUACCAGAUGGACAAGAGCUACAUCUGCAAUCACGCAGCUCUGGAGAACUCAGCGUCUUUGCUUUGCAUUCAAGCAGAUGAGCUACAGGAAGCUCUUACCUCUCACUGUGUGGUCACUAGAGGGGAAACAAUUAUCCGACCCAACACGGUAGAAAAAGCUACUGAUGUCCGAGAUGCCAUGUCUAAAACUUUAUAUGGACGUCUCUUUAGCUGGAUAGUCAAUUGUAUUAACAGUUUGUUGAAACAUGACACAUCACCAAGUGGGGAUGAGGAGCUGAGCAUCGGCAUUCUUGAUAUAUUCGGCUUUGAAAAUUUCAAAAGAAACUCCUUCGAGCAGCUGUGCAUUAACAUUGCAAAUGAACAGAUCCAGUAUUAUUUUAAUCAGCACGUGUUCGCAUGGGAGCAGAAUGAAUACCUAAAUGAAGAUGUGGAUGCUAGAGUUAUUGAAUAUGAAGACAACCGGCCCCUCUUAGACAUGUUUCUGCAGAAGCCAAUGGGCUUAUUAUCCCUGCUUGAUGAGGAAAGUAGAUUUCCCAAGGCCACUGACCAGACUCUCAUAGAAAAGUUUGAAGAUAACCUGAAAUCACAGUACUUCUGGAGACCCAAGAGAAUGGAGCUUAGUUUUGGCAUUCACCACUAUGCGGGCAAAGUCCUCUACAGUGCUAAUGGGUUCUUGGCGAAAAACCGAGACACGCUCCCAACUGACAUUGUGUUACUUUUGAGGUCAUCAGAAAACAGUGUAAUUCGGCAACUUGUCAACCACCCACUGACUAAAACAGGUAACCUGCCACUUUCUAAAACUAAAAAUCUAAUAAACUAUCAGAUGAGGAAUUCAGAAAAAUCCACAAACCUGACCAAGGGUGAAACUAGAGACAUCACACGCCAUGCCUGUGAAACCACCAACAUGAAAACGCAAACGGUCGCAUCAUAUUUUAGAUAUUCCUUGAUGGAUUUGUUAUCUAAAAUGGUGGUGGGCCAACCUCAUUUUGUGCGUUGCAUCAAGCCAAAUAAUGAGAGACAGGCAAGAAAAUAUGACAAAGAGAAGGUUCUGCUACAGCUCCGCUGCACAGGGAUUUUGGAAACAGCCAGAAUUCGAAGGCUUGGUUACUCUCAUCGGAUACUCUUUGCUAACUUUAUAAGAAGGUAUUAUGUUCUCUGCUACAAGUCGAGUGAAGAGCCCCCAGUGAGCCCAGACACCUGUGCUACCAUUUUGGAAAAGGCUGGUCUUGAUAAUUGGGCUCUUGGAAAAACAAAAGUGUUCCUUAAAUAUUAUCACGUGGAACAGUUGAAUCUAAUGAGAAAGGAAGCCAUUGACAAGCUUGUUUUGAUUCAAGCUGGUGUCAGAGCAUUCUUGGGUUCAAGAAGAUACCAAAAGCUACAGCAGAAGAGGAGAGACAGUGCUGUAAUAAUACAGUCAGCUGCAAGAAGACAUCUCAUGAGAAAACAAGGAAAAGAAACUGCUAACGUGAAAAACACAGCAGUAACGAACAUGCAGGCUAGUGAUCGGGAAUUUGACUACAAGAAAAACUUUGAAACUAAAAGGGAAUCUUUUGUGAAGAAACAGACAGAAAAUGCAGCGUUUACUAAUGAAUCCAACAUUUCAGCUCCAAACAACAAAGAGAGCCCAUCUUCAGGAAGGACAGCUCCCUUCAGAGCUGAGGGGAAAACCACCAAUGUUGCUGAGAGUAACAACAAAAGAUACCAGACUCAGAAGAAAAUCAGCAAUGUGUACGGGGAAGAGCGGAAUCAAGAGCUGUGUGUUGUGGGGGACCCUUGGGCAGAAGUAAGCCCUGGGAAGAAAUAUAUGCAAGACCUGGAAGAAAGCAGGAAGAUAGGGAAAGAGGAGAAAGGGGGCACUGUGAUCCAAACUUACUGUCAGUGGUACACAGAGGGGAGGAACUUUGAAGAGUCAAAAGCAACAUGUCUAGAAAGGGAGGAGACAUGGGAGAAGCCAAGCUGCCCAGGACUAUGGCUAACUGAGGAGAUUUACCUGAGAAAAACCUUGGAUCCUAGUCUUAGCCAAAGGUCAGUCUAUCAAAAUGUAGACAGCAAAGCCAAAGAAAAGAAGACAUCUGUGGUUACCCAGAAUGCACGGCUAUGCAACCUGGAGAGAGAGUAUCAUCGCCUGCAUGGGUUCCUCGGAGAAAAAGACAGGGGGCCAGUGGAGCAGGAGGAAGACAAGGCUGCCGUGUUCGUUCAGAGCAAAUACCGGAGUUCCAAGCCAAAGCAGCAGGUGAGGGAGGACAGGCUGUCACCUUCCUUUAAGAAUCAAAAGAUCAUUUCAUCACCCACAGAAGGAGCAAGAAACAUUCACAGUGUUUAUUCCUGUCCUACAAAGCAUGAGGAGACCCAUCCUCUCAAGGUGACAAGCGACAGAGACUCAAAGGCGGCUUCGAAGAAAGAAGCCUGUGAUUUGGCAAUGUUUUCAAGACAGAUAUCAAAGUUAUCUGAAGAGUAUUUCAUUCUGCAGAAAAACUUGAAUGAAAUGAUUUUGUCACAACAACUGAAGCCAUUUUAUCUGGGUAUCUAUCAUCAUAAACCAGUUAAUAGACGUGUUUCUACUCAUCAGUACCUCUCAGGUGUCGCUAAAGAAGAGCCAGAAAUAUUGAGACCUCCAAGACGACCCCGGAAACCCAAAACAUUAAAUAACCCUGAAGACUCUACAUACUACUAUCUACUCCACAAGUCAAUCCAAGAAGAAAAACGGAGACCAAGAAAAGACAGUCAAGGAAAAUUACUAGGUUUGGAAGAUUUCUAUUAUAAGGAACUUUUGCCCACUCAUUCUGGACCAAAGGAACAUAGCUCUAAUGUAAGAGAAUGGAGACCACAGAAGGAACUCCAGGAUCAUUGCACUGAGAUUAAUGAAAGGUGCUGGCCUGCCAAGGGGAGCGAGGAGAUCUCAGCCAACCCUUACGACUACAGAAGGCUCCUGCGCAAAACCUCCCAGCGCCAGCGCCUGGUGCAGCAGUUGUAGCGCAGCUACAGAGCUUCAGAAAGUGCUGGACCCUGAGACACCAGAAGGACCAAAGCAGCAGCAGCAGCCGGCACCCUCUGGCACCCACCCGAACCCUCAGAACCCUCAGGCACUGGAGCCGCUGAUGGCCUGCCAGCUCUGUUCCCUCUCAAAUACUAGGGCCACCUCGAGAGGCCCUGACCCAAGAGAAUCUGAACUCCUUUGGGGAGUUCCAGAUACUGGACCCCCAGACUUCUCCCACCUGCCCGCCGCCCCCACGGCCCUAAUGUACCACUGUAUUCUGCUGUUUGUGAUUCAGGGUGCUCACUCUGCCUGAGCUGCCACCACCCCCUUUGCUCGUUUUGAAAUGAUUUAAGAGAUUUCUUCUUUCUUGAAAAGACUUUCUCAGGGCCAAACGACAGUCGCUCUUGGUUGGGUACGUCAGAACAAAGGUGAGGUGGCAGUGGGAAGGAGUUUUCUCUUCUCUUGAUUAAUAAUAUUGCUAAAUAAAGUGAGCAUCCUGGGAAGUGUGUGUUUGAUAAGGGCUUGUCCGCCUUGUGCCUUGGGGGGCCUCUGUCUCUGGUACAUGGCUGGGCUGGUGGUGGCGGGAGCCGGGAUGACUUCUAUCUUCGUCAGCAAAUCCCCAGCACCAGGUACUCUAAAGCACAAUCUACUUAAACUUUACAGAGAAUCAUGGACGAACCUCCAAACCCAUACUCACACAGCCUUCCGGGCCAGCGAACGCUGGCACUGGUCCUUGCACUGGGGACUGUCAGAUAGAAAGGUCUCUUACUCUACAAAUUUGAGGUAGCCUCCCCUGGGAGGUGGGCCACAUACAAGUAAGCAAAAGGUCAGUGGGUGGGAGGCAGGAGUUUCCUUACCACUCGAGUGUAGCUUAUUAAAACAAACAAAAAAACUCUCCACGUUAACCCUUCCAUGCAAGACACCUUCCAGGUCUACACCACGUAGAGUGGGUAAAGAAGGUGUAGGCAGGGUUCCAGGCAGGACUGAAUGAGCAAAUAAGUUCUGAUCAGGUUAGAUCAGGGUUUGGCUCCUGCUUCCCAAAACUCAAACCAGAGGGAACUGAUAACAGUUGUGUUGUCGUGGUCUUUGCAGAAUUUGCCGCUAAAGCUCCCCAGGUACCGACUUAAGCAGCUAGGAAGUCUUACAAAUAGGAUCCAGCUGAGAAGAGGCCUCCUGCAGUGACAGGGCCCAGCCCCAAAUUCAAGUGCGCUCUCCUCCCUGCUCCUUCCCUAGUUAGCGCCACUCCAGUUUGGGGGCAGACAAACAGACAGGACAGAGGAGUCACCCUAACUGCGCCAACCCGUGAAUCGAUCGGCAGGACCUGUACCUGGCACAAGAAAUCUGAACGGCAGGGCUCGGGGCCCGAUAUGGGGGAAGCAGGAGUAGGAUGCCCUGAGCUGGCUAGGCUUCUUGAGGCUCCAGCGCCCCACCUGGAGCAGGUACUGUAGGGAGGAGCCUUGCUACGCUGCCUACGGGACCCUUCCUUCAAUCCUGGCUUCCAGCGGCUCCUGAAUACUGGAGUCCUCACAAGAGUAUCUGCAAAAGCAUAUUAAUUUAUGGAUAGGGAGGCGACAAACAGCUCCAUCCCAGCCCCUGCACUCCAGGUUAAGUAAGACUGGAAAAGCAAAUAGCCAGCUCUUGGUGGAAGAUUGCAAUGUUGUGGUUGUUUUCAUCCCUUUUUCUUUCCAUCUGUACUUUCUCGGUCCCUCAACAUUUAAGCACUUGUACCAAAUAUCCUUCUUUGACCCCACCUGCCACACGGAGAUUUCUGGGUGCACUGUGGACAAGAAAUGGGUCCUCCCGGGACACCUUCCUGUACAGGGCUAUGCUGGAGAUUUUGGUGUGGGUCUCCCCGAAUUAAAGGGGGAAGCCUUGGAAAGCCUUCCUCCCGGUAGCAGCCUUCCUGUCCCAGUCUGCGCUGCCUCCU